UACGGAUGACGGUUUGUUAAAUGGUGUUAAAGUUGACUAUUACAAUGAUUGUGGAAUGACAGCUAAUGAUAAGGUUCCUAUUGUCAGAAUGCCAGGAUGGUUAGAUAACGCUUAUUAUUGUGCUAAUUGGAAGAUGACACCAUAUUUAUGUAAAACAAAUAAACCACCAAAUACUGCGUGCAGAUCACCAGGGUCCACAGCCGCUGUAUUUAUUAUGGAGACUAUCAUGGAACAUGUGGCUAAAUCACUGAAUAAAGAUCAGCUCGAUGUCCGUAAAUUGAACUUGUAUCAACAGGGUCAGAAAACUCCACCAGGAAUGGUAUUAAAAUAUUGUAAUAUUCGAUCAAUGGUUACUCAGUUAGAGACAUCUGCUCAGAUUGCAAGCAGAAAGCAACAAAUUGCCCAGUACAACGCUGCCAAUCGAUGGAAGAAGCGUGGUAUAUCUCUCAUGCCGUUAAAGUUUGCCUUAAAUUGGAAAGGCUCACAGUAUAACACAUUAAUUAAUAUUAGUAAUGGAGAUGGAAGUAUUGCCAUAUUUCAUGGUGGAGUCAAUUUGGGACAAGGAAUCAACAUCAAGGUGGCCCAGACAUGUGCAUACGAGUUGGGUGUUCCAAUGGAUAUCAUAAGCGUAAAGAAGGCAUCUACUAUGACUAACUGUAAUUCUCAUACAACUGCUGGUAGCGUUACAAGUGAACUUUGUUGUCUGAGUGUUAUAGAAUGCUGUAAAAUGUUGAAGGAAAGAAUGGCGCCAGUUAAAGCUAAGAUGGUAAAUCCAUCAUGGAAGGAUUUAGUUGUUCAAUGUUACAAUCAAGGUGUUGAUAUUACAGCUAGAUAUGUAACAGAGCCUACGAAUGUCAGCACCUAUACUCGUUAUAAUCAAUAUGGUGUGUGUUGUUCGGAAGUGGAACUUGAUGUUCUGACUGGAGAACAUCAAAUACUGAGAGUAGACCUUUUGUAUGAUGCUGGUAAAAGUUUGAAUCCAGAUAUUGAUAUUGGACAAGCAGAGGGAGGAUUUGUUAUGGGUUUGGGUCACUUUUUAACAGAGAGAGUCAUCUAUGAUUCUACUACUGGUGAAAACCUCACAUCAAAUACAUGGGAAUAUCACCCACCAAUGCCAAAGGACAUACCAAUUGAUUUUAGAGUUGAGUUUUUGAACAAUUCUGACAACGUUAAUGGAGUUCUAGGAUCAAAGUCGUUAGGGGAGGCAACUGUUCCUAUGUCCAUUUCUGCUUUCUUGGCAGUAAAACAUGCUAUUGAAGCUGCAAGAAAAGAAAUAUCCAAGGAUAUAUACUUCACUUUAUAUGGACCUGCUACAGUGGAUACAGUUCAACUAAACUGUCUGACAGAUAUCACAAACUUAACCUACGGAAAUUAAUCUAAGUAAAAAAAAAACAGAAAAACUAUUAGAUCAAUACUGUACAAUUUACCUAUGUAAAUUAA